UUGCAGGCAAAGUUGCGACCGAUUAACGUGUGGCUCGAUGUAAAAGAAAACAGCUUGAUAAAGAACAGCUAAGAUUAGCAGCGUGUUACCUAUAUUAACAAUGAUUGGACUAGUAUUAAAUUAGAUCAAAUACAAUUUCUCGGAAUCGAAUAUCUGCACAAAAAGGCCUGCGAACUGCCGUGAACUUUGACCCACGUUGUGAUCCUCAGUCAUCAUGAAGGCAUCAUGGCUUUCAGUUUAAUGUUGAUUGAAAAGGAUUAAAGUGCCUGUAGAUGCGUCUAGAUAGCUCUUGAAUAGACUUCCUCUAUUGCUCUCUUGUAUAGUAUUUUUAAUUAACUUCAAACUUUAUUUUAGACUCAAAGAAGUUUGAAGUAUUGUUGUUUUUGGGAGACAUUUCCUGAAAUGAAAUAACACCCACGUGCGAUUAAAAAAAAACGAAGAAAGAGGAAGACACCAAUGUUGAGCGAUAACACCAGUCCUGAGCCAUGUCAGUGUGCUCAGCCCUCCUGACCCGGCGUGUAGCUGGAGGCGGCUGCAGGUCGCUGUGUGCUGUUUCUCCCUCUCUCAUCCACAUCAGAUCAGCCACGUUAGCUGAGCCAGGCACAAGAAGAUCUAAUGAGGAACAACUGUGGGAGGCGACAGAGAAGCUGCCGUUCUCCGGAGCAAAGUUAGGAUCCUUCUUCCAGGAAAGACCGGUUCUGAAGAACCCCUUUCUAGAGGAUGCUUUGCUGAGGGGAUACCUGAGGAGACACCUGCCACAGGAGCCAGCGUUUUCAGACUUAUGUGCAUUUGGAGAGCGUGUGGCAAAUGAGGUGGACGAGUGGGGCAGAGAGUGUGAGCUCACCCCUCCACGGUUGGUGCACUUUGAUCCCUGGGGACGAAGAGUCGACCACAUCGUGACCUCCUCCGCCUGGAAACGCAUGAAAGACCUCUCGGCACAGGAAGGACUGGUCGCCAUUGGCUAUGAGAGGUCAUUCGGGGAGUGGAGCCGUGUGUACCAAAUGAGCAAGUUGUACAUCUUCUCUCCUUCCUCUGGUCUCUACACCUGUCCGCUGGCCAUGACUGACGGCGCUGCUAAAGUUAUCCAGUCCAUAGGUGUUUCAUGGCCAGUAGAUGAAGCCUACAGUCGUUUGACCACUCGUCAGCCUGAGCGUUUCUGGACGUCUGGACAGUGGAUGACGGAGAGACAGGGAGGAUCUGAUGUGGGCAGCGGCACAGAGACGGUGGCUGCUCCCCAGGCGGACGGUUCAUACAAACUACACGGCUUCAAGUGGUUCACCUCUGCAACAGAUGCAGACAUGACUCUGACUCUGGCUAGAGAGCAGGACAGAUCAGGAGCUACCACACCAGGAAGCAGGGGUUUGUCUUUGUUCUACGCAGAGGUGAGCAGAGGUGAGGAUGGACGACUGAAGGGGAUAGAGGUUCAGAGACUGAAGGACAAGCUGGGCACAAGACAGAUGCCGACUGCUGAGUUACUGCUGGACGGCCUGCAGGCACACAGGAUCUCCGAGGAAGGGAGAGGUGUUGCCUCCAUAGCUAACAUGCUGACGAUAACCCGGAUACACAACAGCAUCUCUGCAGCAGCCGCAAUGAGAAGGAUUGUCCAGUUAGCUCGGGACUAUGCCACUCGUCGCACUGCCUUUGGAAAGCUUCUCAAAGAUCACCCGCUACACAUGCAGACUCUCGCCAGGAUGGAGGUGGAGACCCGCGGAGCGUUUCUUCUGGUGAUGGAUGUGUGUCGUCUUUUGGGCCGGGAGGAGAGCGGCGUGGCGACUGAGCUUGAUGCACAUCUGCUGCGUCUGCUCACUCCUGUGGUGAAACUGUACACGGGGAAGCAGGCGGUGGCUGUGGUGUCGGAGGGUUUGGAAAGCUUCGGUGGACAGGGCUACAUUGAGGAUACCGGGCUGCCUGGACUACUCCGCGAUGCACAGGUGUUGAGUAUAUGGGAAGGUACCACAAAUGUCCUUUCUCUUGACGUGCUGCGCUGCGUGGCUCGUAGCUCAGGAAUGGUUCUUCACGCUUUCUUCACCCACGCCAAGUCCCUGCUUCUAGGUGCAUCGAAUGUUUCCUCCUUGAGCCCGGCGGUGAAAGCAGUGAACGCUGCUCUCUCGGAACUGAAGGACUUUGUUCAGGUCGCAGCUGUUAGAGAACCCGGCUACCUGGAACUGGCAGCCAGAGACUUGGCAUUCAGCAUCGCUCGCAUCUACACAGGUGCCCUUCUCAUUGACCAUGCAUCUUGGAAAGAAGCUUCUUCAUCUGACAUCUAUGCAGCUCUCAGGUGGUGUGAACAGGACUUGUGUCCUGUGGCGGCUAACCAGGCGAGAGGCUGCUACGAUCUCAGCACUGCACCACUGGAUGCUGCACUAGUGUAUGACCGGCCUAUCCAAGGCUGAACGUUCACUGAUCACGGAUAAACACUUACUUUAUCAUUACUGUAUGCCAGAUUUAUUGUAUUUUGUAGAUGAUUUAUAACUUGUUUUAUGUUUUUAAAAAUGAUAUAAAACCCACUUCUUUACAGCAGUACGGCAAUCAAACUGUAAAUUGAGUUUCUAAUACCAUGUGAUCCCUUAUAAUAUUUGCAGUUUUCAACAUUUUUUGGAUGCCUGGAUGCUAUGUAAGUGUGAAGUAACUGAGUGAAACAUGAGCCCUGACUUUUCUGAUUCAAGAUCUCUCCUUAGGAAACCACAAUUCCCUGCCUGCUAAGAUAUCAAAUACAAUACUCACAGGAAAUAAUCUGCCCAAAUUGAAUCCAACUUGCAUAAUUUCCUGCUGUUAUUGCACUCACUACUUGUGUAGCUUUUACUGUUUAUCAGUUAUUCUGCUGUGUUAUUUUUAUGCAUUGAACACAUUAUGAAGUAUCCAUAAAAUAUGCCAUCAGUCAUCAGUUUACUCAAUGGUAGAAAAAUGGUUUUCUGAAGAAAAAGGGCUGAAACCACUGAAACCACUGAACCAGAGCACAGGUCACAAGCGGUCAGAGCAGGAGGGAGUUUGAGUUAAACAAUCAUGCUGCCUUCAAACUGUUGAAGUUGCAAGUGUGUACUUCAGAACUAUGAAAAACACAUGCACUUUUUAGUUUUGAACAAUUGAAUAUAUCAGGCAACUACUUCAAAUUGUACAAAAGUUAAUUAUCUUGUUUUUGUAACUGUAUCAUUGUGUUUCAUUGUGCCAAACUCUAUAUUGAAUAAAAAACGAGCACAAGCAUGCAAACAAUACCACAAAGUGAUGUACAGCAGGACAUAUUUAUUUGGAAAUAAAUGAAUAAAGAUCAGAUUAAACAUA